AUGUCUCGAGUAAAGUGCAAAUGUCUUCGUCGAGGACGUUACAUCCAGUCAUCUGAAAUUGACUACUCAAGCGGGGACAUCAGGUGAGAGAAACGUGAAGUAAAUACGCUAGCCAACAUUCUCGGUGCUAAUAGAUUGAUAGAUGUGGAAUCUGCCUCGAAAAUCCUAGUUUCUCCGAAGCCAUUGUCAUUUAAUAUGGUGUAGAAACAACAUUUACUUUUUCAAUAGUACACAGACAGUGCUGAGAUAAUUUGUGGUGAGCGCUUAAGUAAACAAUGUUUUUAUGAUCAACUUCAGUGCGCAUUCAGGUGAUCAAGACCGAUCAAGAAGACAGAAUCAGGAUAUUUUGUUCUACGCUUUUUUCACAAAUAGCAUGAAUGUGUUUGAUUACUGUCUCGGAAAAGCUGAAAUACUUGUAAAUGGCUUGCAACACGAUACAUCUAAUUGGUAACGGCACUUUUUCAAACUUGGACGCUUCACUUUUCUAUAAUGCGAAGAUCAGCGGUAUAUUACCUCUCCUGAUGUAAAAUUAAUUAGAAUUUCAUAGCUAUAGAACUCGUGAGGUUCGCAAACAUAUCAUUCUGGUCACAAGAGGUAACAGAUACAUUUGACCUGUUGCUUCAUAAAACAAACUGCGCAGACACUAACGGAAGAGAGUGAGACGAACUUGAAAUUGCAUGUACAUUUAGUAGUUAACUGACGAUAUUGCAUAUGAACUUACGACUGAGAUCUGGAGCGCAUUCCCCUGGUUGUAGUAAGAGGCAGGGCGGAAUUUCCUUCCCACAUUUAAAAUCCUGAUAACCAAAUUGUCCAAUAAUCUUAUUCUGUUUGCUUUGCGAAUAGUCUCGAGAAGGCUCUGCGUUCCCUACGCGCUUGUAAGACCUGGUUAGCGGUGGACGGCAUUGUUUCACCAAAGCUAGUAAGGCUUUAUCUAGGUUUGUAAGCUACCACAAUAAAAUGGAUGGAUCAGAGAAAAGUCUUUGAUUGAGUCGCAGACAAAAAUAUCUAAUACUUUGCAACAAAAGUGGAAGAAUUCUCUAACCUUUGCUACAUGGUACAAUCAAGUGCACAACGUCCUCUGAAGGUGAAAUCGAGAAGUGAAAGCAUAUUUAAGUUGUCUAGAAGUUGUGAGUAUUAAAAGCGUGUCGUUAUAAGUGUUGGAAGUGCGAGAUUCAAUAAAUUUUGUUCGAGAUUGUUGCAGGGAUCCCACGCUGUCGGAAACUGCACAACUAGAUUCAUUUGCUGGGACACCCCGUCUCCGCGGUCCCCCCUUAACAUUGGUCUGCAACAUGGCAUAGAAACAUUCGCAGUUAAACAACAUUGGAUGGGGAGGAGGGGGGGCGAAAAAGCAUCAUAGACGUUGUCCUGGAGAAGUGUCCAAGUUAGGUCUGGGAGUCAAGGUGAUUUCAAACAAAGCCACCUUUCAUUUCGAACUUGUGUCGUCCAGAUGACAUCACAAGUGGAAUUUGGAAUAAAUUCAGACCCAGUCCUAAAACAUCUUUUAUAUCUGAGCGCGAAAAUUUUUAUUCAAGCCGAUAUUAUUUUCAAGUCUUACAUAAAAGAAAUCGUCGUCAUUCUUAAAUGUAGGGUAAUUCAGGUAGACACCUGGUAAUCAGUCCACCAGACAAAUUUGAAAUGUUCCCUGUUAUGACAACAGACUGCGAUACAAAACAGACAAAGAAAAGACGCCAGUAACAAAUGACUCGAAACGUUUUCUCAGAUCUGGUGUAGGGUUUCUGUUUCUGAAGAUUUCUUUUAAGCCUAGUGAUAUAUAUCGAAGGCGUUGUGAGCCAAGAUGAAUACGAUGUGUGAUCAUGUUAAUUGUUGUCACAAUGUCCCGCAGAGAUUUUCCGAGGAAAAAAAAAUUCCAGCCUCUAAGAAGAAUUUUUUCCCGGGCCACUGUUUAUGUUUGUUCCUUUUAAAAUACUCCUUUUGAUUCGUAUUUUGGGCUAGCGAAUUCUCCCGCAAUCUCGAGAAUCAACCGGCAAACUGUGAGGCGCUAUUGGUAAGCACCUGCAAAACUGAUCGUGUAGCUUCCAUAUUCUUUCUUGCGGUCUUAAAAGAAAAUUAACUUCGACUACCACAGUCCCACAGAGAUAGAGAAGACUUCUAAAUGUUUUUAUUCUCAAGAAAAAAAAAUCCAAAGAUUUAUGCAGACAAGCUUUUCUUGUUACAACUGAAUAGGCCUUUGUUCUUUAAAGAAGUGGUUGACUGGUCGCCGUGCUGAAGUGAUAUCCAGAACACAUCCGCGGAGUGAUUCUUCACUUGUCCCUUCUCAGUCAGUUUUACAUCUCAUUUUAUUGUGACGAGUCUCGGUUCAUCCUUAGGGUAUUGCCGUUACUGUUAUUGAUUGUGCUCAGUCUGGGAGAUUUUAUUCGAGUCUGGCUGUUUUAAUCCAUUGUGAAAAUUAUUGGCGUGACUUGAAACAUGGCACGCGAUCGAACGCGAAUAAAUUGUUGUCGGAACUUAUGACGGAUGUCAACACUUUAGUGACAAUUAUAGGUUGAUAAACAUUCGGAAGUUGGUUUAUUACAGUUUGUUUGCCUGUUUAAAGAUAUUAAUCUGAUUAUCUCUUCAAGACGUUAAAGAAACUACCAGACGCUAGAGUUGAUUUUUCAAAUUUUUAAAUAAUUAAAGGUAUUAAUAAAAAUCACUUGGGCGUGAGUAAUUACUGCAAAAGUUGAUUCAUUGUGUGAAAGGAUUUUAUUCUACAUAUGAAAUAAUUCCAUAUUUACAUGAAAUUAGAAAUGCUCUUUGCGUAUCUGUUUGUCUUUCCGUGAAAAUUAAAGGAAAGUUUGAAAAUCUCUCUAAAUCCAUCGAGCAUUUCAGCACUAAAUUUUUCAUGAUACUUUGAACCAAAGAGCUGUUCGAGCCAUAUCAAGGACUUUGAUUUUAUUCAGACGAAUGCACGUUUGUUAUCUAUAUCACUUUAGGAUAUUUGCAUAAGAAAGCCCGCAACUUAUCGAGCAGUCACUAACCCAGGGCUUGUUUCGCGCCUGUUGCCGGCGAUGGCUUCGUCCUCCGAGUCAAGACAGAAAGGUAAAAGGAGACUCAGCACUCGAGAGCAACGAGAGCAGUUCAACAUCUACAUAAAUUCAGAUCCUGCACUUAUUGAGUCGAGAAGAUGGAUAGAGGUAAGCUUUCUUCACUUCAGAACCAGAUGAAGGAUUUGCAUUUUGUUGUUCGCACAAGUACAUUUUAUCCGUCAUUGAUUGGGCUCCGAUCAAGCCAUUACUUACUUAAUUUUUCAGGAGGUGACCAGAAAAGAAUUUAAAAGUCACAAUUUUCGAGAAUCCCUCGCUGAUGGCAUUCUUCUCUGCGAGUGAGUACAUAAAGCACUGAGUUUGUUUACGAAUGAUGUUAGAUUUUUGUAAAAACGUCAAAAAUUAGGUAAUCCUACGACUAUUGCUGGUUUUUUUUCUGCAUCAUUUUAACUAUUGUUUUAACUUGAGAAAACUUGACUCUAUAAUUUCAUGGGAUAACUUAGAAGGUGUCCGUAUCGCGUAAGUUAUUAUUAUUUUGAGAUAUCUGAGGAAUAGCUGUUUUGAAUUUGUCUCCGUUUGAUAUUUGUGACAUGUAAAACCAUCGAUUGAUCGUCUUUUAAUGUGCUUGAAAUAACUACUUUAUUAACCAAGAUGUGUUUAUUAACGCGAUUCGACCAUUUGAACGAUAAGAAGCUUCAUGUCACGUUCUGAAGAGGACAAAGCAAACUGGCUUCUGCAGUAAAAGGCAAAACGUCAGUGCUGCAAAAUCAAAAUAGGAAAAAACUUAAUUAAACUGAAAUUUUCAUGAGGCCACCUGCCGGGCGCCACGUAGCAUGUUACUAGGUGAAGUUUGUCUGUUUUCGAAUUUGAAAUGAAGAACUGCUACAUGAAUAGCGUGCUUCCAAAACAUUUUAGCCUAAGCCGGCAGCUAUGAAAUAUGUGAUGCAUGGACCAACGAAACAACUGAUUCUUUCAUUGGUAAUUAUAUGCCAGUCUUGACCUAGUCUGGCGAGACUGUAUCUGAUGUAAUUUACAUUCAUUAGCUAAACCUAUUUGAACUGCGUUCUUGAUAUACUCUGAAUUUGUGUUACUACCUCGCCAUUUCUCCUCAUUGGCCUUAGAGCAUCAUUAUGAAUGUUACAAAUGUGCGAAGGAAAGUCCUGCUUUUUUGGCAAUACAAUCGUAUAAUUAUAUUGACCUCCCUAGAUUUCCACUCUAACAAUUUCGUUAUUGUUAUCUUACUGUGAGGAAAACAUCGAUUAUGAUCGGAAAAAACUCAUUACAAGGCCUUGAUCACAUUAUACAAGCGGCAAUAAAUAUCCAAAAAUUGUGUUUCAGCGUACCAGUAUGUCACGUGACAAGUUUUCCCUGAGUGCUCAUUUACAUACGAUGCUCAGUUGAAUGUUUUAGACUGAUGCACGAGGUCACAAAUUGAUAUAUCAAAUAUUGUAACUAUGAUUCUUAUAUUCUAACGAUCAAACUUAUUUUAUUGCCAUAUUUUACGUUUUACAAGAUUUGCGCAUAGUAUAAUUAGAAAGUUAAAAAAUUCCUUUGCAUUUCCAGAUUAGUCGAAAUUGUUGGAGGUAUCUCACUUGGUCGAAUAAACCGUCUACCGAUUGCGUACGCUGGAAUUGUAAGUAGGGGAUUGACGUGGUUAAACCCCCCUCCCCCCAAAAAAACUUGAACUUUCAGACUGGCAGAGCCACGUUGUCUCACGGGCGUUAAAAACAACACUUGAGCGAAUACCAUGACAAAUUUUUCUUCUUUUGAAGAUCUCCAUGAAAGUUAUAAUUUUGAAAAGUAAGUUUCACAUGACACUGUUUAUUUCAUAUGUUAUUCUUAACCACGUUUGUGCGGAAGAUUGAAGCCCGCUUGAGAUAAUCAUAAAAACUUCCUGAGAACAGAGUUGAAUUGCCCAAAACUUAGAUCAGGCUGGUUCCAGUAACUGAUACAAACACUGAUGGAUGGUGGUCAACAACUUACAAAUGUUCUUAUUUGGGAAGAUGUUUCAUAGCUGAUAGACAUUCAAAGCAUGUCGUCGCAUGCAUCAGAAACGCCAACCAGUGAUUAAGUGAAUCAAUGCCAUUUUUUUUUUCUAAAUUUUGCACAUAUGCCUCAUUUAGUUUCUUAUUUUGUUUCCUAUUUCCUUCAUUAGAAUACAAACAGGCUGGUAUUUUUCACGUUGGUGCAUAAGAGCAACUAAGCUGCGAGUUCUUAGUACCUUAAUGAUGUGCUACUAAUUUUCUCAUGUCUUCAAUAAUAUUUUUUUCAUAUCUUCAAUACAACAGGACAAUAUCAACUUAUUUUUCAAAGCCUGCGAAAGACUGGGAUUGCAAAGGCUUCAUCUUUUUGACGUCACUGAUCUUCACGAAGUGACGAUCCGACGCGGUGAUUCAACGUAAGUAAAGAUCAUUAAACUUUUACAUCAGACACAAUGCAAGCUUGAAGACUGAUUUGUAAACACGUUUUUUUUAGUGUUGAUAAUUUCAAGACUAACAAUUUUUAAGUAGGUCUAACUUAAUAAUAAAAGAACUGAUUAUAUACAGCCGGUAAUUCUGUGGAGGUCUUAACUUUCGCACUUGCGAAGAGCAGUGAUUUUAGAAAAAGAAGAAUACAAACUGUCCGUUUUUCGGUCGACAAGUAUUACACCGUAAGAAUAUUUCUCACAAUGAACCACUGGCUCUUCUCAUUUUGGCUGGGGACAGGCUCCUGAAUGGGCCUCGAUCAACAAGAGAUGGUAAAAAAUGGGAGAGUAGCCGGCUAACUGGUCGAUUGGGCGGUGGGACCAAUUUCCCUUCGCUCUUUCGUUUUCACCAAUUUAUUUCUGGAUUCUUUUCGAAAGCAAUUUUUUUUUAAUACAACAUCCAGUUACCGAACGGUUGCUGAUGAGCCAAUUCGAGUAAGCCGGUAUUCUACUUACAUAUAUAUAGCACGUUUUUUAACAUGCCGCUAUCAUAUACCCUCUUCACUUGAGGAUAUACGAUUUGCGUUUGCACGUGCAGCGGGGCUCUUUGUUCCGCGUUCUUUUAUUAUGUUUGUCUCCGGAGAUGUCACAAAAAGGCUAAACGACCGACGAUCUUUUCUAUAGAACGAGGUAGUUAUCGCCGAACUAUAAAGGGUCCUGGUUGAUAUCGUAUGAAACAAGAUUAAAUGAAACGCUUACCUCUGAGGUUGCCUCUGAAAUAAUAGCCACUUUGAAAAGACACUAAUUCGAAAUAAUAAGGACAUCAUUUUAAAAUGACGUAAAUGUAGGCAGGUCCAAAAAUCCGGACAAAUUUGGAAAGUUUCAAAUUCCUUACACCAUAGCGAAAAGUCGAUUGUGUUUCAUGUCACGCAGCAUUUUAUCGACUUAAUUUUAAAUCAAACGACUUACGAAGUACAAAGCAUAAUUAAUUUUCUCUUCAACAAUUUUAAGAUUAACAUACUGACGAGUUCACAGGAUUUUCAUUAUUUUCGGUAGAAAGCAAGAAAAAUAAAUCUCGAAUCUCAACGGAAGUCGCUUGUGUUACUUGCGCAAUUUAUUUGGGUUACUGAAUGCUCAAAAAUAAUCCUAUUCACCGCGGAACGUUUGUCUUUGCUCAUUGUGGAAUGCAAAGAUUGUUCUAGGUAUUGUUGUCAGAGUUGUAUUGGGUUUGAAAUCUUUUGAUAUUCCGCCGCGCUGUGUUUUCCUCUGGGACUUAUACAGAAGCUUGUACUUGAGUGUUUGACUCUCAUGUUUUCCAUAUUGCUCUCAGUCCGUUAAAACCGUAGGUAUAAUGAAUGUAUUUUACUUGUAUUUACCUUCAUUCGAAUUCGUGUUUGUAUUUAUUGCGUCGCUGUCUGUGACUUGUCACAAUGACAUGCGAAUUGAACAAGAGAUCGCGCGACGCAUUUUGAUUAGUUGUUCGAUUCGACUUGUGACUCGAUUCCGGUCGAAAACAUAUCCCUGACGCUGAUAAGGAUUCAUUUCUUUCGAAUUUCAGGUCAUCGAGAUUAAAGGAAACACAACGGAGGCUACAGAAUGUAAGUAUUAACAACAAUUUAUUCAGAAUUGUUAUAAUAAUCUUUUUAUCCCUGGAAUAAAUUCGUAAUCUUCAAGCAGAAAUCAAAAUAUACGUCUGGGUAACGUGGUUAAAUCUCAAGCUCUGUACACCUUCUGGAUGUCCCCGUACCUCGUUAGCGCAAAAACACCUGGGUUUCGAUCGACUGUUUAAGGAAUAAUUUGGUUUUGCUCUGUAACGGUGAUAGGGUUUGGUUUACGAACCAAAACUGUAAGGAUCAUAUGUUAUGAGUCUGGAGGUCGUCUGAAUCGCCUUGGUGACUCGAAAACAGUCAUAACAAGGAGCAACUGUAUUUUCUUAGUUAUUUUAUCAUAACCACCCUUAUAAGACGUUGUGUUUUCAUUUUACAACACUUAUUCCCUCCACUUCAUAAAGGAUUUAGUAAUCGUAGAUUUCGCCAACCGUCAACGACGGUAAUUUAUUUUUCUCGACCAAACGGUACGUAAAUAGCACAUACCCGAUUGAUUUCAUUAUGUUUCAUCAAAAUGCAAUUUAUCUGUACGGAUUUAUUCGAAAUCGAUGGUUUUUAAAAGCACGAUUUAUUUUUAUCAAAAAGAAUUUUCAAGAGAGUAAGCUGGGCGCUUUACCCUGCUGCGGGGGUCAAUUGAUCGCCAUUUUGAAUUGUUCCUUGUUUAUCAAGUGCGCGGGAAUGAAAUUUAAAUUCCUCUGACGCCGAGGCAACCAAGCGGAACCGCGGGCUCAAUAUCGUACAUUUUACCAUCGGGAUGUGAAUAUAACUGCGCAGUACAAAAUCAAACAAAACUAAGAGAUUGCGACGCAAAUGCGAAGAAGUUAACGCGACACAGGUAACAAUUACAAAUGAAUUGUUGCUUACUGUUUAGGUGAAUAUAAAAGUAGUUGAGAUCUCCACCUCAAAUGAAAGAAUAUUUGCGCGAAUGAAACCGCAGCCUUAACAUUAUGGUUGACGCCAUAACCUAGUGUUAUCCAUAACAGGUUUUUUUUCAAGCAAAGAGACAGAACAGCUUUCACAUGACGUUAUUUUAUUGGAUUUUUUGCAGGUUACGAUCACAAUACUUUGGUUAGCCAAAGCAGCUCACAAUCGAGGUUAUCAGGGUCCUGCUCUUGACUACAGCUGCUUUGAUCAUCUAAUUCCGGUAACAAAAAGCUCGAGGCUAUUCAUUUUACCAACUGGGUUGAAAACGUAAAUUAGCCACCGUAAAGGUUAAAAAUCGCUCUGACGAAGGGCUAACGCUCGAAACGUCAGCUUUUUUACCCUUUACGGUGGCUAAUUUACGUUUUCAACCCAGUUGUUAACACUAAAUUACCUGCUAUACUCUCCCACCGACGCAGCACCACAGUUUCUUUAGAAACUUAUCCCUUUAUUCAUUUUACCAUUUCAUUUAAAUCAUAAACCAUAAAAUAUAUUUUGGUAAAAGGAAAAAAUAAUAAUAUCGUAGCAAAGCAUCCAGGAUGCUUUCAAAACAAUUAAUCUUAUAUCACGAGUUUUGUAUGACUCGUGAUUAACAGUAUUUUGUCACGCGAUAACAAGGCAUGUUCUCCAUCUACUUAAAGAAAUAAAUUUUUGAUGCUGCUUCCAUGCAAUCAGUUACUUCCAAUAAUUAUUACACUGUUCCAUCAAACUAAUCUUAGUCCUAUGAAUGUCUUUGUUGCACUCCGGAUAUUUCUUCAGCCAAAAAUGGAAGUGAAUCAAUUGCGUGAUAGGAAAGUUGUGGGUGAUUUUACGUAGCGAAAAAUAGUCUAUCAAGUGAUGUUUGUCUAACCUGCAUGAAAAAGUAAAGAGGAAACUACUACCGAAAGAGAGAGUGGUAUUCUUUCAAUAAACCAGACUUACUUGCGAAUUUUCUUUGCAGCAAACGAAUUUCGGCAAAAAGAGGCGAGGGUCACGAAAGAGACAUUCUUUAAGUGAACUAGAAACGCGAGAUAAAGUGUUUGAUAGGAUUGACAUCAGUGACAAGAAGGAGAAAUUUCGGAAUCUUGAAAACCAAGCCAAGCAGGUAAGCAUCCAAUUUCUUGGCUUCAGUUGAUAAUCACAGUAGUUUACAUGUACUCUAAACCACAAAAAUCAGACUGCGUAUUUUGCUUGUCUCAUGAAAGCCAGGUUGAAAGGCCUGGGAGAAGUGCUAAAAACAAGUUUGGCGGGGGGAGGUCUCGAGGAGGAGGAGGAGGGGAUUUAGAUGUCUAGCUUCCACGAGGGAAGGUUCUCGCGCGAUUCCUUUCGCGCCGCGCAAUCAAACCACCUGUUUGGUACGCAGUCAGUGAGCUACAGAGAGGUGGUGGAUCUUGAGGCAAGCCAGUAUUUGCUUUAGACAUGAGUUCUAAUCUCCCUCUUUACUUGUCAUCUUUACACAGAACAUCGUGCAUUUGGAAUUAAAAAGACGUAAAUCAACCGGAGGAAUUUUGAAAAGAAGUAGAGAAAAAAGUUUAAGUUGGAACGAGGAGGAUUUAAUACACAGCUACACAGACUAUAAUUAUCUUCGGAAAAGGAUGCCGGAUCCAAAAUUUCACGAGAAAAAAGACAUGUACGACCACCGUGAUCAACUUGUGAGUAUAAAUGACUUGACAAUCACAAUUUGCGGUACACAUUUUGAAUAGAAACUAGCUAUGCUUUCCAUAAAAGUCUUCAUGUCGAGGUCAUUAUCGGAGCCGAGGUCAUUUUUUCUCUGCCUGCCACCUUCUCCCACCAAUCAGGGAUCAGAACUGCUGUAAGCCCAUUUUUGACUUUCCUGACUUUAACCACCCUCCCCUUCCCUCCCCCACUACGUUGAUUGUAGGUUAUUGUCAGUACUGAGAUUUCAUGGAAGAUCACCUGGUCAUAAUGAUUUUGUAAAAUAUACAAUCAUAACUUAUAAGUAUAUUUAUAAUUAUGGUCAAUAUUAACCAAAGUCGGCCAGUAAUUGAUACCACAGAAACAGCGUAUACUUAAUUCAUCGAGAGUCUGAUUUGAAUGAAGCGUUUUAUCUGAAUUUUGUCCAUUUUUUGAAUAAAAACCAGGACUCAAAUCAAGAAAGAUCUCGCCGUCGGUCGAGUGGUUCUUCGGACCGCGGUCUUACGUCACCACCACCGAUUUCACUCGGUAAGAGAGUUGAGGUGGAAUUGAAAGAGAAACAAAAGAAAUUCGAAGGGCUUGACAAAAACGCGGAAGAGGUAACUACUGGAAUUGAAUUUUAGACUGAAUACGUACGUAAAAAAAUUUCAGUUUCUUGUUCUGAGUUGAUUAACCGUUUCAACCUUAUAGCCUGAAUGAAUUAUAACGUUGAAUUAACCCUGCGACUCUAAUAAGUGAUUGGAGAGGAAACUCUCCUUACAGUCUUUAUACUCUUUCUAGCGAAAGAUGAUGAGAAAACAUGAAAUAAUCUCUUAGAGGAAAUUUUAUGGAUUAAUCACUCAAUUCUGGCCAGUAAAUAAAUGUAAGAGUAUCAGUUAGGAGAUUAAACUCUUUUGGGGGUUAAAUUGUAAACUGCUAAUGAAAGGUACAUACCACAAACACGCCUUUAGUUGCUAAUCAACCUGCCGUAUUUUACACUGCAAUUCUGUUGACAUGACAACUGCGAAUAUUGCUCCACCUUUCCGAUGGAUGCUGGUCCAUUGUUUAUCACACCACACCAGCCCACCUGCCCUGCCCCCCCCCCCCUUUAGAAAUUCUCCAGGUCUUCCCGGCAACUCUUUGGUAAAAUUCAUUUUUCUUGGGUGGAAGGACACAGGACACCUCUAGAGUAAACAUACGUGCCCAUAGAAAGAAAAAUAACCCAGGCCAGUUAUCAGAGACGGAGCUCUCGUUCUCAUGUUUAGCUCGCUAACUCACAGGCCCGAGGGUCAUUAAACAAACAUGACGCAUGCUUGUUCACAUUUGGGUUACUGAGGAAGUGUCGAAAUCAGCUGUCGUUAUCCUUAAGCAAAGAUCGAGUCUUCCACCGAGUUUAGUUUUGUCGGUUCUGUUUUUAUUCUGGUGAUUUUUUUUGCCAGCAAUCUGCUGUGUUGAAAGGCAAAGCUCGGCCAAAGUCCUGGGGACCUGGAGAGAUAAGAAAGGCACUGCAGAAACAAGGCUCUGUUGAUGUAGCGUUCAAGGAAAAACACCAAAACUACGAAAAACUUCAGCGUCAAGCAACUACGGUAUGAAAAGUAAUCACAAGGCACUACAAGUAUUGUUGCCAAGUAGUUUUCUCCUUGUACACUAGACCCUCCGCUAAAGUUGUGAACCUAAUAGUGCACUUGCAAAUUUUUCACUCCACAAAUUUGAUUCGAUAUACUUAGUCAAUGUUUCACGUUACAUAAACUUGCCUCGCCACAUUGUUAAGUGUUUAUUUAUAUAGCAUAUUUCAAAAAUUGCUUGAAAUUCUUUUGUUCGUUUCGCAGACUAUUACCUAAUUUUACCAGCUUUUAAAUGGUUUAAAUGAAAUGGUCUUUACAAAGAUUUUUGUGACUACCAUAGAUGAUUAAGUGGGCAUUUCCACGAACUUGGACUGCAAAAGCAACCCGCUCUUAUGAAAAUAAACGAUAAAUAUCUGUAAAAGCAGGUGGCAGUUUACAUUUGCAUGAUAAUUAGCCAUUAUAAUCGCUCUGUGUCGGGAUGACAUCUUUGUAUAGCUUGUAUGAACGAUAUUUCUUUGUAUAUUCGAAACAGGAAAGUGCUGUGUUAGAGGGGAAGUUACGGCCGCACGCAGUUAGGGAUGGAAGACCAGAAAAAGUAAUUCUUGGAGGAAGAUCAGAUGUGAAACUCCGUGAGAAACAAAAAGAUUUUGAACAACGUGAUUAUCAAGCUCAAAGGGUAUUGAACUUAUACAAGACUAAAAUGAAAAUAUACCUACGAUUUUAAAUUGUUCUAGAUAAUGAUAUAUCAUCAUCUCGGUCCGCUUCCAGAGACUUUUAUGAUUUAAAAUUUGCAGCAGACAAAGCAGCAAAUAUUUGGAUUUUGCCUUGAAACAAAUUAACUUAUUCGACUCAAUUUGGAACGGUUUCGCUUGUUAUAUUGGGCAACGAAGCUUCUUAAAUUAAACAAAAUUUAAUCAUCUGCAAGAGACUUAAGCGAACGGAAGAUAGCUUAUUUUGAUACGUGCUCACUGUAAAAUGCAACGAUUAAGAAACGAGCGAAAUUGUUGUGUAAUCUUAAGGACCAAUGUUUCAAUUCUUCACUGUUUUAAAUUGCAUUGUUAAUAUGCGCUUGUUGGCAGAAUAUAAAUCACCAAUUAUGGGUAAACACGUCAUAGAACAAGUUACAAUAUAACAAUGUUGGAUGCACCAAACUGUGCAUGAUGAUAAGACAUGUUGUCUGCGGUGUGUGGGUGCUUCAGUAUGAAGAGCUUAUUUUACUCUCCAUCUCGGUAGGAGAAAGCCGUUCUCGAGGGAAACCUUCGUACGUCCGCCACAGACGGAAAAGCAAUACGUCCCAACUCUGUCAUGAUUCCAAAACGUGAACAGAUUAAGCUGAGCGAGAAAAAAGCAACUUUCGAACAACUUGAUAAGCGAGCUGAACAGGUGAAUACACUUUUAUUUUUCAUCCGAAAUUCAAGUCGUUUCAUUUGUUAAUUAAGAUAAGUGAUCCAUCCAUCUCCUUAGGUUAUGAAUAAUAAAAUAUGCAUGUUGCUUUCUUUUGAGCUUUCUUUUUGGUCUAACACCAUGUCGCUUCAUCAACAGUGCCGACACUCCAGGUCUGAGGUGAUAAUUAAGCGUUCGAGUCGCUCCUGUAGCAUUUUCCUUAUCUUGACAUGGAUGAAACUUCUGUUAACUUGAUAAUUGCAUCAAUAGUUGUGUUAACUGAUCUGUGUUUCUGGUAUUCGAAAGUUGGUGCAAAUAUCGUCGAAGCACUAUCAAAGUAUUUUUGGUGUUUUCGGUAUUUUCGUAUCCUGUAACCUUGCUUCAAAUUUACCCGAAGAUUGUAAGGUCGUUUUUAGAACUCGAGCCAGAUACAGAUUAUGACCGAAAGCACUUGAAGAAGAACCUCUUUUAGUAAACAUUACUGAUUUCCUUUAUUUAUAUUUCCACUCAGGACUCGUCGAUUCUUCGUGGCCAGUAUAAACCACCGCCAACAGAUACUGGCAGCCUUAAGAGAUCAUCCAGAGUUGCCCUUCCGAGAGAUGCAAAUGUUGGUCUUUUAGAAAAGCAGCGCACUUUUGAAGAUAAAGACUCUCAAGCGCGGAAGGUGUGAUGAAAAUUCUUUUGUGGCAGCAAAGCACUACUUAUUUAUAGCUAGUCUGACACUAAUUACAUUCUGAGCGAGAUGUUUACCUUCCUAUCCAGUCAUUUUGGAUAAAACACACGCAGUAACUGUAUAUUGAUAAUGCAUUAAUGUCAAUGAAAAUGAUUGUCAUAAUUUUCCUAUUUAUAGGAAAGUGAAAUUCUUCAAAAGAACAAACGAAAUGCAUUUGAUAGCCCCGUUAAAGAACCCACACCACUGAGCACUUCUACGCGGCCACGGAUUGCCGGUUUCCAGUCCUCCUUAGACAGAAAAUGGGUUGCCUCUGACGUCUCAAGGCAAAGCCAGCAGGAGAGGCCCUCUCGACCAGUGUCCAACUAUUACGACUACAGCAGCUUCAAUGACUACCCAAGAGCAAACGGUUUUGAUGAAAUUACCGCAAGUACAGAAGGUAUAUACCGAGUGUCAGUUGAAGAACCAGUAGAAUCUGUUCCUUCGGUUGGAUAUGAGAAAAUGAACACUUGGCAGAAUCAACGAGGAUUUUCAGAGGAACAAAGAAGCUCGAAACAUGAUGAACGCUUAGAUAAAGACAGAAACGGAGAAUAUUCCGACUAUGUAAAGCGACGUUAUGAAGAGUCCAAGAGGAGACAGGGGGAAGAACCUGUGGAGAUAAACUUAACGGAUGCCAAAAACCUGUCUUAUCGUGAUCUUGUUCGUGCUCCACGCAAAAAGUCCCGCGAGACGUUCAUACGCGAAAAGAAUACCGUCGUUCCAGCGGAAGAGAUGCCAUGGCGGAAGGAAGUUCGAGAGGUCAAAGAGAAAAGACAUCUUCUUUCUGAUGAAGAGCAAGAUGCUAAUUAUGCGCCACGGUCUACCUCGCCACGUUCUGAAUUGGGUAAGUCACAGUAUCUCGAACUUGUCGCUCCGCCCUCUAAAAAAGAAGUGUACGCUUUCGAUGGAGAGAAAAAUUCAGCGGGCGAAAAUGCCAAGGAAAUGCCAUGGAGAAAAGAGGUCAAAGAUAUAAGAAGAUCUGCAUCUGUAGAAGAACCCCAGCAAUCGAAUGCAGAGCACACGCGGAUUCGACCUCCCUCGCUAAAGACCCGUGAUGCGUUUGUGACUACAAGGGAUGACAACGACGAAGAAGAGAUGCCGUGGAGGAAAGAGGUAAGGGAACUUCAGGAGAGACCAAGAACAGAAGAUGACCUGGAGUAUCAAGGUGACAAACCACCGCCUAAACCGGACUCGUCACCCAGUCCAAAUUUCCGAAAAAUGUCUUACAAAGAUUUCAUAAAUGUGCCUUCAAAAAAGCGUCGGGACAUUUUUCAGGCUCAGCUCCAAAAAGAAGAGGAAGAAAUGCCUUGGCGAAAGGAAGUACGUGAAAUAAAAAAAUCGAUGACAGAAGACGAAGGAGAAUACCAGGAAACGUCUGCGACUCCAGCUCACUCUGCUCCGGAACAAAAUGACCGAUCGUUUGGCUAUAAAGAGUUUUCACCCAAACCUAUCGCAAAACCAAAGGAAGGCUUGUUGGUUUCUCAAGAUAAGGAGGAGCAAGAGAUGCCAUGGCGUAAAGAAGUGCGUGAAAUGAAAAGAUCAGUGCUCGAAGAUGAGCCCGUGAAGCGUUCGUCUGCCACAAAUGUUCAUUCGUCACAAGAAGCAACCAGAGACUAUCGGAAACUCUCGUAUCGUGACUUUGUUGCUAGACCGAGGAAAAAAUCCUUUGAGAGCUUUUUAUCUGGCGAAGAAAAGGAGAAGGAAGAGAUGCCGUGGAGGAAAGAAGUACGGGAGUUAAAAUAUAGACCUCCUGAUGACGAGGAAAUCAAGCAGUCAUCUCGUUCCGAGCUUCAAUCCUCUAACGACGAUUCCUUUCAUAACAUCCGUGAUCAUUCCACCCAGCGGGUGGCAGAAAGUGAGCGUGAAAGGAGUCGAAAAGAGCCUUAUCAUGCCCCCUCUGCUGGAGUUCAAAACAUGUCGUACAAGGAUUUUGUUUGUCCACCAUCGAAAACAGAUGAACUGCAGGGUCAAGUACAGCGUAAGACUAGAGUGAAAGACCUAACCAGGAAGUUUACAGAUAUCGAGGCAGAGAACACUCUUCCCAGAAAAGGCAGGCCGCCAGCACAGAAAUCUCUGGUGGACAUUGGAGAGCUGAAGCGUAUCGAACGCGAAAUGAGAACAAAAAGUUGGCAUGGCUUCCCAGACGAUUACGACUCAGAUGACGAGUAUGAGCGGAGAAGGAACCGCUCAGAAGAAGAAGCAGAGGAAAGAGUUAGGCAGCACUAUCAUCGCGAGAACAUUUCUGGAAUGGAGGAGCUGGACGACGUGUUUCAAGAUCCAGAGGGAUACUUCGACCAGAUUCGAGCUCCUCCGCCAGAGAAGUUUGACGAAGUGGUGGUGAAAGAAGUGCCUGUUCAGCAUAAUGCUCCUUCCUGGAAUGAACGUGAUGACAGAGGGUUGCAAGUAGUGACAGUACGCUCAACAAAUGACCAUGAUCAUAACAAUCGAAAUGACUUACACAAACAGCCAUUUUCGUACUCUCCCGAUUCAGAUAGCUAUUACGAUAAAAGCCCUCUCAUGGAUGGAUCUCUUUCAAAUAACACCCUAUUAGAUGAUCGAGUUGUUGUGAAGCAGACCUGGAUUCAGCCCAAUCGGGUGGAAUUACCUGAGGCCUCUCCGAAUCCUCCAGGACACGAGGGCAGAAAGAAUGUCCAUAAAGAAUAUGCUGAAAGAGACAAUGGUCAAUUUCUGCCACAACGUAGAGAUGAGCGAACAUACCAGCGAGAUAACAUAAAGAGUAUACCGUUCAAACCAAAUGUUGGUUAUCAUAGAAACGACGAAAUCUUUUCGUCAAAGAGCGUUGAUCUUAACGAAGAGAAAUGUUUCAUUGACGAGAGAGACGAACACAGCCGGCUUUACUAUCCAGGAAGUUAUGGUUACAGUGGCAGGAAUCAAGGUCAAAUCGAUGACGAUGAUUGGAAAUCAAGAGAAGUUCGUCCUGGUCUACAAAAUCAUGGAAAUCAGCCCACCAAAGUAUCUACCAAAGGUGACAAUGCCAUGGUUUUCGGCUCUCCGAUUAUGGUCACUGCCAAACCAAGACCCCAACAGCCGACACAAAAGGAAGGCCAAGGGGAUUAUAGACACGAGCAACCUGGAGUGUACGACUUCAUACCAGUCAAAGAAAGGGUUUUGAAUGACAGAGAUGUAAUUCCAGCUAAAAGAGAAAGUUCGUAUUUCAGCAGAAGUACCGUUGAGCCCAUGCCAAAUAAUAAGGAACAAAUGGAAAAUGCUAGGCGACUUGUUUUACAAGACAUUAAACACCGCGGGGAGAACGAAGUCAAUAAACCACCGCAAGAACCCAGAAUGUCGUCUCGUCCACAAGUGUUUGGCGUGUUUGCACGCACUGAUCAGAAAGAUAGUUACAACCGUGACGAUAUGCGAGAACGUCAACCAUCCAACUUGCCUCAGAAAGAGUUAGAGAACAACUUUCAGGAACGCCGACUUCACGACACGCAAGAUAAUUUACAGGGUUUCAAUGCAGACGUAGAUCGGCAAGGUGCGACUAUGUACUUGGAAAGACGACUCCAGCGAGAAGAAAAGAGAUAUGAUUACGAAAAUAGUGCCUCCAGUCACACUGAGUUGCAUCCUGUGGUUGUAGCUACGGUAGAGAGCGAAACUCGAAAGUGGGGAGAUGGGGUGUUUGAAACAUCUCCUCCGAAAGAUGAAAAUCGAGCCGCGAGGGGACGAGUCAUAAACUUUUCAUAUGAACAGGAAGAUGAAAUGCAUGAGGGACACAAGAAAGAAGGUACAAACGUGAUUGGCAAUGAUACAUCUGUUUACGUGGCUGCGAACCUUGUUCAGGUAGAAGGUUACGACGCUGGCUGGAAACAGGAACAAAAACAAAAGGAAGAGAUGGUGAGAGAGCAGUUGCGGGAUGCUGAAUAUAGAGAAAAAUACAGAAGAGAAUUCGAGGAAAAAAAUCGGAAACAGCGGGAAAACUCGAAGUACCUCAUGAGUCAGGUACAAAUGAGGGCGACUAUGGAUGCUGAAGAAUAUGAUGUAGAAGAAAUAGAGAGAGCGCGUAAUGAUAACAUUGGCGAACGAAAUGAGAUUCCACCGAGGAAAAGCCACUCCAGCGACGAAGACGUUUUGAAAGCGGUUGCAGCAGAAGAAGACUAUUGGCAGAAAAAUUUAAGCAAAAAGAUAGGAAGUGAAAAGAAGGAUACUAGACAUAGUGAACCUCCCAGAAGAGUCAGUAGUAGCGAAUCGCUGACGCGGAUCAAUGGAAUUGACUAUGUUAGCGAAGACAAUGUGGUCCGCAAAGAGAAAAAGUCCUUUGACCAGGAAGAACAUCUUCGGAAACUUAAAGCAGAAGAAGAAUCAGUGGCUCAAGAGGCUGAAAGGCAGAUGAGAGAGAGAGCUGCUUUGAGACAACAAGCACAAGCCGAAGAAGUCAUCAUUACGCCUGUGGAGAAGCCUCCCGUGGAAUUCUCAGUCAAUGAGGAAAUGUUUGCUGACCUCCCAACUGAAGAAAAACACAACAAACACUUUUAUGAUGAAAAUAGCAAUUACAGUGGACCGAAUACAGAAACGUCUGUCCUAAGAAACGGAUACCACACUGACGAGGAAUACACGCUUCGUAAACAACUGGAACACGAAGAGAAUGAAAGACAUUAUUCAGAUUACAUCUCAAAACCACAAGCAGAGGUGCUGCCCACUAACGGACAUUUAGAAAGUGAUGUUCACCACAAGACGCCCGCAAAACUGCUGAGAGAAAAUGGAGACCAGUAUUACCAAGAUAACAUCCCGGGAAAUUCCGACGCAACUCCAGAAGUGAACGGUUUUGAAGGUUAUAGUAUAUACGAGACAUUCAUUCAUGGCGAAAGCAAUCACGUGAUAUGUGCCAGUUGUGGCACCUCAAUUGAGAAAAGUCCAUCGAUGUACAUAGCAGAAUUGGACCGAUACUGGCAUGUUAACUGUUUUAGCUGUGUGGUGUGCAGAGCGUGGUUUGGUGACGAGUACAGUCCAGUCCUUCAUAUCACCAACUCCAUGUUACAUUGCGAGAGAUGUUACAUAACGGAUGAAGGUAAGUGACAUAUGAUAUGUCCCGUUAGACCGCAGACACUUUCCAAAUCCCCCAUUUUAGGUGCGACCGUCGUGAAACAUCAGACAUACGCUCAAGGUGAACCCAGGUGAAAUGCCCAUGAGUGUGCACUUAGUUUUGGUGAUUGUUUUAGAGAGAACUCAGAAACUCCUUAAAAAUUAUCAAACGAAAACAAUUUUGGGGGCAUCAAAAGGGCUGUUCUUGACUUCUCUUCCCCGUCUAAAUCCAUCCUAAAGCCACCUUAUUAUUUUUAUCUGAUCACCCUAUCGGGCCUUCUUAUACAAGCCAGUGAUUUAACUGUCGGGUUCCAGUUUCAGUGGCCUUUAAUUUAUCGUGUUGAUGCAUCGAUCUAUUGGACGACAACAAAAAAAAAAGAACCCACGACUAUUCUGAUGUUUGUAUCUCUAGUUCAUCAUCUGCAAAUGUUUCCUGAUCUGGCAUUCAUCUUUUUUCGUAGGUGAAAGAUGUACCGAGGUGUAGACUCAGACUAGUUUUAGAGACCUUUUUAAAGAUGUCAAUGUCAGUGAAAACUAUUUUAAUCUAUUUCAUUUUAUUAUUUUUUUAAAGUUUAAAUGUGAAUAAUUAACGCAUUAGCACCGAGAGACGCUUCGUUUACCAGGUUACCCUUAAUAGAAGCAAAGUAUAUUUUUAUCAGGCAUAUGGUUAUCUCUCAUUUUAUAGUGAUCUUCAAGGCGUUUUACAAACAAUAUUUGAUUUUCUCUUCGUCGUAAUAUGCUAAUUGUAAGCGGCGUUUACUUUGGAAAGUAAGGCGAGUUAAACAACGUUGCUAAAUUCCAUUUACAAUUUACUUUUUCUUAUUGAACUAAAUGUCAAGAAAAAGCCCGAACGGUUAUCUCUAUAGACCAACAGUCGGCCACGCGUAGAUUAAUGGAGGGGGACAUUUUGUUCAAUAAUUUAGUUCGUUUCGUCGUGGACGGAAGGAUGAUCAUCAUGCAGAUUAUUUUAUCGUUAUACUGUGAAGACAAACAUUUGUUCUUCAAAGUUAUUGUGUUAAUGUUUUAUUCAUUUUGUUUUCGUAGAAAUUAGCCAGUCAAACAACAUUAUAAUUUUACUACUUACGUAAGAACAUUUGAAUUUCAUUGUAAUGAGCUGUAGUCCUUGGGCAGGACUCUUUACAAUUAGAACUUUUUUAACAGAGCUAUGUUUGUAAAUAUUAUGAUAAAGCUAAAAACCAUUUUAAUUUUUCCAUACUCUGUGGAACUUAAAAAAUAAAAUUAAAAAAUAUUGUGAAAUCGCUAACAUUUUC